CGAACAUCGAAUGUGACAUUCAAUGGCCAAUGCGGUUUUAUUCAGCGGAACAGCGAAUAGAACGGAAUAGUCUCGUUGCGGUAGCGGAGCGAUGAAGGUUCGCCCGUGAAAAGACAGAAUAACAGCGUCUCGCACGUGAUCGUCGCGCGUCCAAUCAACAGAUCGCCCAGCCGCGAUUUCUCGGUACCGUCGUUCGGUCAUCGUUUCUUAAAAUAAUCCGGAGGAGGCGAGGAGGAAAAUCGUUUUUGUUGUUUCAAUUCGCAGUUCGUCGCGCGACUGGCGUUAUCGAAUUUCACCGGGUAUUUUUAGUGAAAGUUUUCCAUCGGCCAGUUUUAGUUUUUCCGCGAAUCGCUUUAAUAAUAAUAAUAAUAAUAAUCUCAGCGAAUCGUUUGGUGUGUGUGUCGUUGUUGCGGCGAGUGAUGACCUUGAUUGCUAUCUGUUAUCGGAAUUUGUUUAUUGAAAGAUCCUGAUAUAAACGAAGACUCAAACGAUGAGCACAUCGAACUGAGUGAUGUCAGUAAGUAAACCGAAAAAUCUCAUUAUUUAUACAAACCUGUUUCGCCACCGGUAAAUUACACCGAGUCUUAAAUUUCUAAUGCACCGUUCGCACUUGUCGAAUUCCAGUCGAGGUGAUCGAAACCGAUCCGGAUUUCCAAGAGCACCGCAUUCACCCCGCCAACAUGCUCAACGGCGGCACGAUGGAGAUCUCCCCGACGCUGCAGGCCUCCCCCAACCAGGCGUCCCCUUUGUCGACCAAAAAACAAGCCAGGGUGACGAUCGUGGAGCAGCCGGCCUCGAAGGCGCUGCGGUUCCGGUACGAGUGCGAAGGCCGUUCGGCCGGGUCCAUCCCGGGGGCCCGCAGCACGCCCGAGAACAAGACCUACCCCACCAUCAGGGUGGAGGGCUACCAAAGCAGGGCCGUGGUGGUGGUGUCGUGCGUUACCAGAGACGAGCCCUACAAGCCGCACCCCUACAAGUUGGUCUCGAAAUCGAAUAAAGAAUGUAGGGAUGGCAUCGUCUCGAAAGAAGUAAACCUUCUAAAAUCCGGCGUCGACGUCUCUAUCAAAAAAGUCGCCGUCCAACGGGUCAAGUUGAGCGCCAUGUUGGCCUCCCUGCAACUCAGGGAAUCCCAGAGGAUUGCCGAUCCCUUUGCCACGGGUUUCAGCCACCGCAACCAGCCGACCGCCAUCGAUCUGAACGUGGUGCGGCUGUGCUUCCAAGUGUUCCUCGAAGGCGCCACGCCGGGCCGAUUCUCGGUGGCGCUGCCGCCCGUCGUCAGCGAGCCCAUCUACGACAAAAAAGCCAUGUCGGAUUUGACCAUCAUCAAGCUUUCGGACUGCGUCAGCUACGUGGACGGCGGCAGGAAGGACAUCAUCCUGCUCUGCGAAAAGGUAGCGAAAGAGGACAUCCAGGUGCGUUUCUUCGAAGACUCGAGCGACUGGGAGGCGUUCGCCGACAUCCAACCGUCGCAGGUGCACAAGCAGCACGCCAUCUGGUUCAGGACGCCGAGGUACAAGACCAUCGACGUGACGGAGCCGGUGAAGGUGUUCAUCCAGCUGCGCCGGCCGACGGACGGCGCCACCAGCGAUCCGCUGCCGUUCGAAUUCUGGCCGCCAGAGCGAAAUAAGCGAAAGAAACCGAAAUACGAGAGUCCUGAUCAAUUUAUUAACCAAAUGCAAGAGAUUCCAGGACCUAGUCAGUACGGGACGAACUACGCGAUGAUCAAACCGGAACCGAGAACCACUCCAUCUCCCUACGCAGGCUCGCUGAGCCCCUACAACAAUCCGUUCGAGCCCGCCCCCAAUUACACCGGAAAUAUAUUGUCUCCACCCACUCAGGCGCCGUUGGAUCCCCUGCCUUCGAUGGGCAUGUGGAACAUCCCGAGCACCAGCGACAUGAUCCCCGGCCAGAUCGACGUGCAGAACCUGGACAGCGGCGAGAUCGUGCGACAAUUGUCGACCAUCAACUCGCAGCAUCCGCUGCCCAAUUUGGACAUAUCCCUGUCGGACAUCGGCUCGGCGGAUCAGAAUCUCUCCGAUUCGUUCACAAAGUUCGUGAACAUUCGCCUGAACGAAAUGUGCCCCGAUAACGAGUGA